GACAUCAUGGCUGCCAAGAAUCCUGCUGUUGGUAUUGAUUUGGGCACAACUUACUCGUGUGUUGGGGUAUUUCAACAUGGCAAAGUGGAGAUUAUUGCAAAUGAUCAAGGAAACCGUACCACACCAUCUUAUGUAGCAUUUUCAGACACGGAACGUCUGAUUGGUGAUGCUGCAAAAAAUCAAGUAGCUAUGAAUCCUAAUAACACAGUCUUCGACGCAAAACGCCUGAUUGGACGCAGAUUUGAGGACACUGUUGUACAAGCUGAUAUGAAACAUUGGCCAUUUGAAGUUAUUAGUGAUGGUGGAAAACCAAAGAUUCAAGUGGAAUAUAAAAACGAGACAAAAACCUUCUUCCCUGAAGAGAUUUCUUCCAUGGUGUUGCUCAAGAUGAAGGAGACUGCUGAAGCCUACUUGGGCAAAACUGUUAGCAAUGCUGUUGUUACUGUCCCUGCCUACUUCAAUGACUCGCAGCGUCAGGCCACCAAAGAUGCUGGAACUAUUGCUGGUCUCAAUGUUCUUCGUAUCAUCAAUGAACCUACUGCUGCUGCUAUUGCUUAUGGUUUAGACAAGAAAGUAGGUGGGGAACGCAACGUGCUAAUCUUUGACCUUGGAGGUGGAACUUUUGAUGUCUCCAUCUUAGCUAUUAGAGAUGGCAUAUUUGAAGUUAAAUCAACUGCUGGAGAUACACACUUGGGAGGGGAAGAUUUUGACAACCGUAUGGUGAAUUACUUUGUUGAAGAUUUCAAACGUAAAUACAGGAAGGACAUCGGUACCAACAAGCGUGCUCUACGCCGCCUCCGUACUGCUUGCGAACGUGCCAAGCGUACCUUGUCAUCAUCUGCCCAAGCUAGCAUUGAAAUCGAUUCGCUUUUCGAGGGUAUUGAUUUUUACACAAGCAUCACGAGGGCGCGUUUCGAAGAGUUGAAUGCUGACUUAUUCCGUUCCACCAUGGAGCCUGUUGAAAAGGCCAUCCGCGACGCAAAAAUGGACAAGGCCCAAAUUCAGGAUAUAGUUCUUGUUGGCGGCUCCACUCGUAUUCCGAAAGUCCAGAAGCUGUUGCAAGAUUUCUUCAAUGGGAAAGAACUAAACAAAUCAAUUAAUCCCGAUGAGGCCGUUGCAUAUGGUGCUGCUGUUCAGGCAGCAAUUUUACAGGGAGAUAAAUCUGAGGCUGUUCAAGAUCUUCUCUUACUCGAUGUUGCACCUCUUUCGUUGGGUAUUGAGACCGCCGGAGGUGUUAUGACUGCUUUGAUCAAGCGAAAUACCACCAUCCCUACUAAGCAAACCCAGACGUUCACCACCUACUCUGACAACCAGCCAGGUGUUUUGAUUCAAGUUUAUGAAGGAGAACGUGCCAUGACAAAGGAUAAUAACCUUUUGGGCAAAUUCGAACUCACUGCAAUUCCUCCAGCUCCGCGUGGCGUUCCCCAAAUUGAGGUCACAUUCGACAUUGAUGCAAAUGGUAUUUUGAACGUAUCUGCUGCUGAUAAGUCUACUGGUCGCGAAAAUAAAAUUACCAUCACGAACGACAAGGGGCGUUUGUCGAAAGAAGAAAUUGAGAGAAUGGUAUCCGAUGCUGAGCGCUUCCGAUCUGAAGACGAAAAGCAGCGUGAGUGUGUAUCUGCCAAGAACUCUCUGGAGUCUUACUGCUUUAACAUGAAGUCUACUGUUGAGGAUGAAAAGUUCAAGGACAAACUAUCUGAUGCUGAUAAAACAACCAUCAUGGACAAAUGCAACGAGAUCAUUAAAUGGUUGGACGCAAACCAGCUGGCUGAUAAAGAAGAGUUUGAGCAUAAGCAGAAGGAAAUUGAAAGAGUGUGCAACCCCAUCGUCACCAAGUUGUACCAAGGAGCUGGUGGUGCUCCUCCUGGAUUCGCCGAUGGUGCUGGAGCCGCUCCUGGUGCUCCAGGCGCUGGUUCGGGAUCUGGACCAACUAUCGAGGAAGUUGACUAAGUCCUAAGCUUUUCCAUGAAUACUCGCUUCUUUUUCAAUCGUAAGAGUUUCAUUUUUAAGCUAUUCACUUAACAAAAUACACUAGAUUGAGUGCCCCAGUAA